AGCUCUGCAAACAUGCACAGCUAACAUUUUUCCUCACUUUACAAUUUUCUUCCUUUGCUUUUAGUUGCUUUGCACCAGGUUGGAUGUCAGUGAUGCCAAACGCUUUUCCCAAAAGCUUUUCUCCCAAUUUCUUUCCCAAGUGUGACCUCAAAUGAGGCCAGAUACAGAAUGCAAAAACAUCCACUUUUGUGUCAUGAAAUGCACAGAAACCGCAUGAUGACUAUUGAUUAUCAAGGCUUCAGUUACUGUAAGGAAAUCUGCUGCUUUGAAUUGGACAAAAGCCCUUUCUGAAGGGAGCGGCGCGUAUCCGAUGUCUGGGAAUUCCUGGACGUUUAUUGACGGUUUUGUUUUGUUGUGGAAUUUUCUGCUGAAUAAAGCGAGUGAGUCUGAUGAUUAUUUCUGUUGUGGCAGGUUUUCACUGGAUGUGACUCGUUCUCACACGCGGCCUGAUUAAACCAGUGCGAUUUACCCUCAUUAGCAUGUUUAACCGACGGCCGCUUCUGCUCUCGUCACAAUAAAGCCAUUCACUUUUCUAGAUAAUAAUGACAGCGCUCAUUGAUCAGGGUGAGGACAUGGGCCUGGUGAUGCCGAUAGAGCUGACGGACCCUCAGAAGGACGACGACCCCCAGGGGCCCGCUCACUUCAGGCAGAGCCUCAUGCUUCAGCUCAUUGACGAUCUGUCAUAUGAGGAUGUAAAGAAAUGCUACAGGGGUUCAACCGUCAGCAAAUACAACUCCCAGUACCACAAACUCUUCUCGGCCGUCCCGAAGGAGGAGAUCCUCAUGAAGGUUUAUUCCUGUGCUCUUCUGCGGGACAUUCUGCUGCAAGGACGGCUUUACAUUUCUCGAAACUGGCUGUGUUUCUACGCAAACCUUUUCGGGAAAGAUAUCAAGGUUGCCAUCCCGGUGGUGUCUGUGCGACUGGUGAAGAAACACAAAACGGCCGGCCUGGUGCCAAACGGACUGGCCAUCACCACCGACAGCAGCCAGAAGUAUGUGUUUGUGUCUCUGCUGUCGCGGGACAGUGUGUACGACGUGCUGAGGAGGAUCUGCACACACCUUCAGGUGAACGGGAAGAAGAGUCUGAGUCUGAAGCAGUUCCUGGAGGAGCCUGGCUCUCUGUCGAUGGAUGAGUUUCCGGUGUCCACUGAUUUCACGCCGGUGUUGAAGUGGCGCAGGAAACCGCCGGCUCCGUCCGUCUCUUCAUUGCUGCCGGACCUGCUGGGAAACUCCACGAGCAGCUUGAGCGCAGGAGACGCACCGUACACCGCAGAGAUGCCGAUGGAGGAGAGACGGCUGGAGGCCGAGAAGAUCCUGCUGACUGAACCCGUGUCUGAACUGGGUCACAUGGAGUAUCAUCUGCUCAAGUUCUUCAUUCUGCUCAUCAUUUUGCUCAUCAUUUCAUCGUGUUAUCUGGCGUUUCGCGUCUGCAGUCUGGAGCAACAGCUGUCUUUCCUCAACACACAACCGGCGAUGAGCACGAGAGAGAGGUAACCCUGGUUUAACCCCGUGCCAACACUGAAACCGGCUUUGCCAUCAGGAGAGCAGCAUCUGCAAACGACUAAACCUGCUCAGUUACAGGUACAGCACUAGUCAAGAAGUAGUUAGCUAACCAACCGGCAGAGGACGACGAGUGACCCGAAGAUUCCCGACACCAGGAAUAUUAGACAGGCUUCACCUAACAGCUCCGCAUCUAGGACAUCUCCAGGACUCAGGACUGAUCAGGAUUAUGCUGGCGACUGUUACGAGCAACGUUUUGCUGUUGUUGAAUCCAAACGUCAAGAGACUCGAGACGGCCGCAUAGUUUCACUUUUUGAACUCUUUCUAUGUUUGUCUGUUGUUUUUUUUCUCUUAAAUGACCUGAAAUGUGCAUGUUUACCAGUGUUU